AAGCCCUUACAAUGGCUGCUUACGGCUCUCCACCGUUCUCACACCUUCUCCUCGCCAUCCUCAUACCAAUCCUUCUUCUCACAGCCACUGCUGAUGCCAAUGAAGAAAGAAAGGUAUACAUUGUGUACAUGGGACAUCAAACCUCAUCCAGUUCGUCGACCGAGGCCGAACAUCUAAAUCUACUUAAGCAAGUACUCGAGGGCUGUGCCCCCUGCGAUUCCUUGGUCUACAGCUACACGAAGAGCUUUAAUGCACUUGCAGCUAAACUCCUGACCAAAGAGAUGGAAAAGCUAGCUGGAAUGAAGGGUGUGGUCUCUGUGUUCCCCAGCAAAAUCCUGCACCCCCGCACAACCAGGUCAUGGGAUUUCUUGGGCUUUCCUGCGACCGUGAAUCGUAAUCCUCCACUGGAGAGCGAUGUUAUCGUCGGCAUGAUCGAUACCGGAAUCUGGCCGGAAUCCGAGUCCUUCAACGAUCAAGGACUCGGACCUCCGCCGCGCAAAUGGAAGGGUGACUGCAUAAACCUCAAGUGCAACAACAAAAUCAUUGGGGCGAGAUACUACAACAGCUUGAACGACACGUCGCAAGAAGAGUCUCCGCGAGAUUUCAAUGGCCACGGAACGCACACGGCCUCCACCGUCGCCGGGAAGAGCGUACAGGGCGCCAGCCUCUACGGCCUCGCGGGUGGCACGGCCAGGGGCGGCGUGCCGUCGGCCAGGCUCGCCGUUUACAAGGUCUGCUGGUCGUUCGGCUGCGCCGAGCAAGACAUCUUGGCAGCCUUCGACGACGCCAUCGCCGACGGGGUCGACAUCAUAUCCAUCUCCAUCGGCUACCCCUCCGCCUUCGACUAUUUCCUGGACGCGAUGGCCAUCGGCUCGUUCCAUGCCAUGAAGAAGGGAGUCCUCACCUCGGCGUCCGGCGGUAACAGCGGGCCGUACCAUGGCACGGUCGGCAACGUCGCUCCAUGGAUGCUGGUCUCUGCAGCAAGCAGCACCGACAGGCACAUAAUAGACAAGCUAGUAACCGGAGAUCAGAGAUGCGUGGUGGGGGCUUCGGUCAACACCUUCGCCACCGAGAAAGAGUCUUACCCUUUCGUAUAUUUUGGAGAUGGAAGCUUUCCCCCAGCAGAUUGCACUCAACUGGACGAGAAAUUAGUGAAGGGGAAGAUAGUUCUGUGUGGAUACAUCGAUGAUGGGACAGGAGCUUAUCUUGCCGGUGCUAAAGGAGCAGUAAUGUUGAACGAUGCUUUCCUCGACACUUCCUUCUCUUUUCCUCUUCCAGCCAUCGCAAUUAGCUACUCUAACGGCGAGAAGCUUAUGCAAUACAUCAACAAGACCAAUAAUCCCGUGGCGAACAUACACAAAAGCGAAGCAGUGUUCGAUCCUAAAGCUCCAGUGGUUGGCUCCUUCUCAUCCAGAGGUCCAAAUACAAUCACAGCUGACAUCUUAAAGCCCGAUAUAAGUGCCCCAGGCAUUGACAUUUUAGCCGCCUGGUCAAAGCUCGGCAAAGUGUCAGGCUCCCCUAACGACACACGGUCGGUCGAGUAUAACAUCAUCUCGGGGACUUCCAUGGCCUGCCCGCACACCAGCGGUGCCGCCGCGUACGUCAAGUCGUUCCACCCGAGCUGGUCUCCUGCGGCCAUCAUGUCCGCGCUGAUGACGACAGCGAAGCCGAUGAAUCCUUCGCUCCACCCUGAUGCGGAAUUGGCCUACGGGGCGGGGCAGCUCAACCCGGUGAAGGCGGUCGACCCCGGCCUCGUAUUCGAUGCCGCCGACACCGACUACGUGCAGAUGCUGUGCGACGAGGGUUACAAUAAGUCCAUGAUUAGGAUCAUCACCGGAGACGACAGAUGCUGUUCUUCUCUCGGUCGCAGAACCGCGAGGGAUCUGAACUAUCCUUCCAUGGCCUUGCACGUCGCAUCGAAUGAAUCCUUCGCAGGGAACUUCACGAGAUCGGUGACCAACGUCGGCGAUGCGUGUUCCAUAUAUAGAGUAAAGAUCAAAGCAGAUGGGAGGCUGAAAGUGGUGGUGAAUCCCAAGACGUUGGUGUUCACAAAACCAGACGAGAAACAAGGAUUCGUGGUGAGUGUUUCAGGAGGGCCGAUGGCGACGAAUUCUACAGCGUCGGCUUCGAUCGUAUGGUUGGACGGAAAGCACAGCGUGAGGAGCGCGAUGGUUGUGUAUACAGAUUUCACGAGUUAAAGACUGAGGAUUCUUGUUGGGUUAAAGAUGACGUGAACAGAGCAGCAUCAAAACUGGGGUGGAAACAUCUGUCUGUUGGGUCUUUUAAGGAGAUUAGUUCUUGGCCGGUGUUCUUAUUUUAUUAAUAUGCAUUUCUUCAUUUAAAGAAUCUAGCAAGUACGUCCAUUUGUGAGUUUCGAUCAAAUAAAUUAAGAAGCUAACAAAUCCA